UGGCCAUUGGAUUACACAAAUACAUCCUCACCCUUGAAUUCUUUAAUUUUAAAAAAUUGGACCACCGGAGAGCAACCGGUUGACCAUCUCUCUUCUUCUUCCACAGGCUAUUCUCUCUCUCUAUUUUCACUCUUUCGUUUCUCUCCCUCCCUCUACCUCUGCUACUCCCUCCUUCGAGUGAUCUCUUCCCCUGCUCCUCUCUCUCUUCUCUCUCUACUGUGCUCAUUCGUCUGUCUUCCUCUAGUUCGACUGACUGCAGAUUCUAAGAGCAUCUCCAGCAGCUUGGCUAUUCUUUCCUUUUAGCCAUAGAAGCGAGCUUGGAAGGGUAAAACAUUGCUCCAGCAGACUCGCUCAAGGAUCGCUACAAUGGUGGUGAGCUACAGGACCUUGCCAGGACAAGCGAGGUACUGUUCAUGAGCCUUUCAAUUUUUUAUUUAUUUUUGCCUCCUCAAUUCGGUUUUUGGCGGUAAAAUUUUUCAACGCUCCAAUGUCUCUUUCGAUCGUCGACAAUGGCAGAGAGCUCUUUGUUGUCAAAUUAAUCGAGAGAGGCGAAAAGAUUGAUGAGCAUGUACAGAGGGAGAUCAUGAAUCACAGAUCAUUGAAACAUCCCAAUAUUUUGAGAUUUAAAGAGCUCCGUAAUCUGGAAAGGGGUGUGGACAUAUUAGUUGCCACACCGGGCCGCUUAGUAGAUAUGAUAGAGAGGGCAAGAGUUUCUCUUCGGAUGAUCAAGUAUUUGGCUUUGGAUGAGGCUGAUCGAAUGUUGGAUAUGGGCUUUGAGCCCCAGAUUCGAAGGUUUGUUGAGCAAAUGGAGAUGCCUCCACCAGGUGCAAGACAGACGAUGCUUUUCAGUGCCACAUUUCCAACUGAGAUACAAAGGCUUGCUUCGGACAUUAUGUCAAACUACAUAUUUCUUGCUGUUGGAAGGGUUGGUUCCAGCACUGAUCUAAUUGUUCAAAAAGUUGAAUUUGUCCAGGACAUGGACAAAAGAAAUUAUUUGAUGGAUCUUCUUCAUACCCAAUGUGAUAAUGGAGCCCAUGGAAAGUGUGCCUUGACACUGGUUUUUGUAGAGACAAAGAGAGGGGCUGAUGCUUUAGAGCGCUGGUUGUCCAUGAAUGGUUUUCCUGCGACAGCAAUACAUGGUGACAAAGUGCAAAUGGCUCGUAGCUUGCAGUCAAACAAGUUGGGGCUCCAUUUUUGCCCCGAGGAUCCGUACUCACACCCUGCUUUUGGGGAGCUUCAACCCUGUAACAUUUUCUUUUGAAGAUAACAAAAAAGCUGUUUGGAAUGGCCAAGAUGCUGAGAACACUG